CGUCCAUUCAUCAAAGUGUGGUUGUAUUGUCUAGGUUUUUUUUACGUGUAAGCAACGAAACACAACCCUCGACGACAGAAAACGACGCCUUUCCUCGUCCCUCGCAUCAUCCUACCACGAAAGCGAUAUGACAACGACGAUGCUCGCCAGCGAUGCUUGAGCGCGUCCGGUUCGGUGGUUUCAGCGGUACGUACAAAGUAAGGGGCGCCGAGCUGGCUCGUGACAGGAAAACGCAAACAAAACCGGUGACCGUACUUUUCCUCGAUGAAAGUACGCACACGUUCCAUCUGGACAAGCGCGCCAAGGGCGCCGAACUGCUCGAGCAGGUCUUCCAGCACGUGGAGCUGUCCGAGCGGGACUACUUCGGUCUACAGUUUCCCGGACGCCAACCGGUGCGGUGGUUGGAUCCGAACAAAUCCUUCCGCAAGCAGCUCCAAAAUGUUCAGGACGGUGGACCAAUCGUACCGUUGCUGCUGUUCCGCGUAAAGUUCUACGUCACCGAUCCGAGCCGGUUGCUUGAAGAAUACACGCGAUACCAGUUCUAUCUACAGAUCCGACGUGACGUCUACCAGGGCCGGCUACCGGUCAGUUUCAACACUGCCUGCCUGCUGGCCAGCUUUACCGUGCAAGCUGAGCUUGGUGAUUACAAUCCCCUCGAGCAUACGGCCGGCUAUCUCAGCGAACUACAGCUACUCCCGGAGCAGACGGAAGAGGCGGAGCAUCGCGUCUCGGAACUACACAAGCUGCACCGUGGCCAGCUACCGGCCGACGCGGAGUACAACUAUCUCGACCACGCCAAGCGGCUAGAGCUGUACGGCAUCGACUUCCAUCGGGCUACCGAUUCGUCCGGGAAGGAGCUGGCGCUCGGUGUUUGUUCCCUCGGGCUGCUAGUCUAUCAGAACGGGACGCGCAUCAAUACGUUUUCCUGGUCGAAGGUGGUAAAAGUGUCCUUCAAACGGAAAGAUUUCUUCAUCCAGCUUGGUCGGGAACAGUCCGAACACUACGACACACUGCUCGGGUUCAGUAUGGGUUCGCACCGUAAUGCCAAGCUGCUGUGGAAGGCUUGCGUGGAACAUCACUCGUUCUUCCGGCUGAAGAAACCGCACCGAUCACCACGUUCCUUCCUGCCGCUAACCCUACGCUCUAAAUUUCACUACUCCGGCCGCACCGAGCUACAGGCCGUCACUGAGAGCCGGCAGCGGGGCAAGGUGACCAAAGUGUUCAUUCGAUCGCCCAGCAAGCGUUUACUGACGGUUUCGCAGCCACAAUCACCGCAACUGAAUGGCACUGGCGGUGACGGAAGCGGUGCAAGCGGUGGUGGAGGAUCGGGAAAUGAAACCAGCAACGGUGGUGCGACGGUCGGAUCGCAGAGUGGCCAGAAGAGUCAACUCACACUGCUAUCGAUUACGAAGGCAACGCGCACGUACGAUAAGGUUACCUCGAAGACGCCCUCGAUACCGCGGAAAGCGUGGGAACAGCAAAGCGACGAGCCAACCUUUAUCGAGCACUGCGCCAGAACGUCGAUGCCGAUGUACGAUGCACCACCGGCCUACGCUGGUUUGAACGGUUCCGGUGGAGAAAACGGAACAGGAGCGUCCGGCGACGACGGUAGUAAUGGGCUGGUCACGAUCCAUCUGGCGGCGGACGAACAGGGUCGCUUCGGUUUCAACGUGAAGGGUGGCAUCGAUCACGGUUUGCCGAUCGUUGUGUCACGGGUCGCCCCGCACACGCCGGCCGACAAGAGCGUACCGCGGGUCUGUGAAGGGGACCAGGUGGUGCGUAUUAACGGGCGCGACGUUAGCACCAUGGCGUACGAGCAGGUGGUGAGCUUGAUUCGGGCAUCCCGCGAGUUCCAAGGAGGGGAGCUAUUCUUAACCCUCAAACCGAACGCCCUGCUCGAUUACACCGAAGAGGAACCGCUGUACCAGUACGUACCGGAGGAGAGUGACAUCGUGCGGUCAUCGGGACUGCUGAACGGGGACCAACUGUUUACGCAAUCGUUGCUGCUGCUGCGGGACGGGCUUGCUUCGGGAGCGCUUUUGACGCAGUACGAGCAGCUGUACCGGAAGAACCCGGAUCUGACCAUCACAGAAGCGCGCAAGCCCGAGAACAUCGGCAAAAAUCGCUACCGGGACAUAUCACCGUAUGAUUGCACACGUGUUGUACUACAGAAUGCGGAAAGUGGUGACUACAUCAAUGCAAACUACGUGAACAUGGAGAUACCCCCGGCCCGGACCACCAACCGCUACAUCGCGACGCAGGGCCCCCUCCCGUCGACUGUCAACGAUUUCUGGCGCAUGGUGCAGCAGGAAAGUAGCCACCUGGUAGUGAUGCUGACGACGGUUAAAGAAAGUGGCAGCACCAAGUGCCACCAGUACUGGCCGUCGGCCGAGGACGAUCCGCUCGUGCCGUCGCCAGGGUUCUCGAUCACCUGCCUCACGGAGAAACCGGACGAAACGGGUAGCUUCGUGUUCCGCGAUCUCGUUAUGACGGACGAGCGCACGAAGGAAACACGCACGAUCCAACAUAUGCAGUAUCUGGCCUGGCCGGAUCACGACGUGCCGGCCGAUCCGAACCUGUUCCUGCAGUUCACCGAGCGGGUCCGCUCGGCACGGGAGACUACGCUCCCGCUGGAGAUCGAGGCGAGCCUGAAGAACGUGAAGCUGCGCAGCGUGGAUGAGAACGGUGGACUGGACAACUCCGAGCGGCGCAUCGUGCACACGGACAGCGACGACAGCCCGAACGAUAUGCCCUCGUCAACGUCGGUACACCAGUACAUCAGCGCUUCGAAUCCACCGAUUAUCGUUCACUGCUCGGCAGGCAUCGGACGGACAGGGGUGUUGAUACUGAUGGACACUGCCCUCGCGUUGAUGGAAGUGCGGGAACCAAUUUACCCGUUGGAUAUCGUACAGGCGAUGCGCGACCAGCGGCCCUGUAUGGUACAGAAUGUGAGCCAGUAUCGAUUCGUUUGCGAGUGCAUUUGCGCGGCGUACCUUCAGCAGGCUGCCAAAGAGGUGGCUGCGGCAGCGGUUACCGAAGCUAGCUCGCCGGUGUCCGGUGUUGGAUCGAAGGGAGGUACCGCAGGAACGAAGGAGAAAACAACCAUCACAUCACCAACCGCAGGCAUCACCUCACCGGUACCAAAGUCAGUUCCGAGUAUAGCAUCGCCGGAGGAAACGUUGCUGGAUACGCCGGCCGAGGGCGAGAAAAGGGCACCGCUUGCAACCGAAACGACCAGUGGCAGUACAGUCACCACCGGUUCACCCGUCAAUGGUAAACCGGCCAAUGAUUGAACUGCCCCUCCACUCCCCCCGGUACUGGAGAAAAACUACUUUGUUUCUAUGUGAAAUCGGUAUUAAUUUAUUUCAUUUAUUCUUACCCCUGACUAUCUCCCCAUUCUUUGCGAAGAAUUUAAGUAGCGUUAAUAUCAGACUGCUGAGUAAAAUAAGAGACCACUCUAUAACCGAACCGACUCAAGUGCGUUCAUAUCAAGAAUCUAUUCUUCCGUGCGAAAGGUUAUCUCUCAGUGGAACUCAGUGCAAGCUGCGUACGCAUUAGUGUGGAGUUUCCAAUCACAUUUACUCUAGUUUCGUUAGUUCGGUAGUUCGCGGUCGUCAUCGUCCUCAUCGUCGUAUUUAGGUCUAAGCUUUUACUCCGUUCACAAAACCACCUUCCGGAGCUAGCCGGAAUUGCAAUCGUCCGUCGGCUGGGGUAGGAGGGAUGGUACUGAUGAACCUUUUGUGAUGUAAACAGUAUACAGUUCACCCAAAAGGGGGUGCGGAACGGGAAAAGAACUAAGUGAGUCACAAAAAAUUGCAUGAGCGCGAGGCCAUGAAAUAUUAGUUAGAUCGAACGAUCAUACAAGAUAUACACGGGGGGAUUUCGAAGGAGAUACCUUGUUUAUUGACAAACACACACAAUAUACAGACACAUUGCAAAGUUCAUUCAAAUUACGUUAACUUUAUUUUAAAACGUUAAAAAAUAACGUCCUUUCACCAUACCAUGCCAUAAUACAUACCGGUUUGAAUAAAAAUCAUCUAUGACUUGACAUGAUUGUGCUUGUCUUUGGCAGCCGACAAAUAACUAAUCCAUUGUAGAAUGCUCAGAAAGCAAAACCAAAUUGCUUCUUCGACAACCGAAUGUAACUGCACUGCUGCUGCUGCUCCUGCUGACAAGCGAGAUACGAUAAUGUGCACUUAUAAAAGAAAUGCAUAACAUAAAUGAACUUGGUACAAGAUAGUGGCCACACCUAGCAUUUAAGAUGGCGAAGUGAUCGGAAGCAAAAAGCUGCACUUAUAAAAUUGAAGGAAAGAGUAAAACAUUUAAUGCAAGAACGCACAACGUUACAGAAGCAUAUAUACAUAUAUAUAUAUAUAAAGCAACAGUUGAAACAUAUAAAAACAGGACAUUGAUGAGUGAAACUUUUUUUUGUAUUAUGCGCAACUGCAUCGAAUGCGUUUCCGUGAUGGCUUUAUCAUCAAAAUAUAGAAACAGAACGACGUCCUUCAACCAAACGGUUUCUUCCGCUGGUGGUGGUUUCGGAUUGGAGAUUUGUUUGUUCCCCUCAUUCUAUUUGAGACUGCACGUCAUCGUACAACAGCCUUUUCAACUAGACAGACAUGAAAUCAGACAGAGAAAUUACAACUGCAAUAAUCAUUAUCACGUGUGUGCUUGUUAGUACGCAUUUUUUAAAUACAUCGAACCAUCAAUCGUUGUGUCGGACGUUAAUGGAGGAAGUAAAUUACGUACUGUUAGACCGCGAACCAUGAGCCAGCAAAGGAUCCGGCCUCAUUUCACGGAGCAAGGAUUCUGCGGACAAUAAAAUCACCGGGUCUGUGUGUUAACCCUUAUGCUGCGCUCACAUGUGGAGGGUACAUAGAAGUAAGGGAAAAUCUAGGAUCAAGGCUAGAAGGGCGUGCUUGCAUUAAUCGUGCAACGUGUGAGGAAAGAAACGCGAAACUGUGCGAACAAAUAGAAUGUCGUAUAAAAGCAAAUGUAAUCGGAUGUAUUAAUCAGAACGGUGUUCCGUUUUUUUAUUCCCUCGAAGAAAUAAAAGAAAGAUGAACAAUAUUAUU